UAUCGUAACCUCAUUGUUGUGACUUCAGACUUCGGAGGGAUUGUUUAUUCUCAUUUGAAAUUUGAAAUUGGUGACCUUUAUCAUUAAUUGAAGUUAUUUCAAUUAAGAUCAAAACUAAAUGUAAUCAUUAAAUAAAACGAAUUUUUUUAAGAUGACCAAAAUGGCUAAAAUUUAUCUAAGAGCAUUUGGAUCAGGCGAAUUAAGCCAUGUUCCUAUUGAAACUUUGGUUGCAUUAUUUACAAUAAAAUAUUGUGAUUCUAAUGUAGAGAUAUUUCUGGUUGAAAGUGAGAAAAAAGACAGUGAAUAUAUUUAUUUAGUUGACCUAACAAUGUUUCAAUACAAAUUUAUAAAAUUUGAUGAUGUAUCUAAGAUUUCAAGGGCCUGUGAAUUACCAAAUUUAGAAUUAGAUGAAAAAAAUUGUAUAGCUGGAUUGUGUGGAACACUGCGGCAAAUUAUAAAAAAUAUUUUAAUAGAUUCUCCAGACCAUAGCAGUCGGAGUCUAUUGGGUUUUAAAGAGCAGUGCCUGAGUGCUUGCUCUGAAGCUAGUAUUUGGACUAAGUUUUGUGAGAUAGACAUCGUAUCAAUGGUUGGUUGUAAAUUGACAGAAGAUCAAGAAAAUAUGAUACCUUUAUCAUUGGCUAAAUUUGAAAAUCAUAUGUCGCAACCAGUAAAAUUACAUAAUCUAUUUAAAUAUACAAUGUCAAAAAAAUUUGCUGGUGAUAAUGUGACUAAAGACAGAAAAGUUUUACCAGAACAUACUUUUGCGGAAGGAUUGUCUUUGACAUUGGCAGAUGUUAUAAUUUUUGUAUGUAUUCAUAUAUACUUCAAUUCAAUUGAUAGAACACUUGUUUCUGAUAAGUUGCCUUUAACUAUAAAAUGGUAUGAAAAUAUGCUCACAGAUGAAAAAAUUAUGAAAUCCUUAGAAAUUUUGAGUAAUGAAUGUAAAAGAUUAUGUGAAAGUGUCUCAAGUUAUAGUCUUCCUUGCAUUGAAAAUUAUAGUUUGUAUAAAAGUGAUCCUAAACGCUACAAGCCAAAGAAUCGUAUCUACACUCAUCAAAAAGAUAUAGAUAACUCUUUAGAAAAAAUCAGAAGUGGCAACAUACAAUUUGGCAUUGAUAAAUUGUUUGCACAAGACCAAGAAAUUGAUUGGUCAAGUAUUCCUUUGGAUGCAACUCCUCAGGGUGGUGAUUUACCAAAUAAACGUUUAAAGAGAAAAUUUGAACAACUUGAAAGUUUAUGUAAACCAAUUUUAAAAUUGUCUAAAAAAGGAGAUAUCAUUGUUGAUUUUUGCUCCGGUGGUGGUCACCUAGGAAUUCUCGUAGCAUAUUUGCUACCAGAUUGCAAAGUUAUCCUUUUAGAAAACAAAGCUUUAUCAAUGCAGAAAGCUAAAGAGAGAGUUGGUAGAUUAGGUUUGAAAAAUGUUAUUUUUUAUCAAUGUAAUUUAGAUUAUUUUAAAGGAAAUUUCAAUAUUGGUGCAUGUUUACAUGCUUGUGGAGUAGCAACAGACUUAGUUCUUCAACAAUGCAUUAAAAGAAACGCUGCUUUUGUUUGCUGCCCAUGUUGUUAUGGAUCUAUUCAAGACUGUUCUCACAUUGUUUAUCCUAGAAGUCAAUUGUUUGAAAAUGUUUUAGAAAAAAGAAAUUACUUUAAUUUAGUACAUGCAUCUGAUCAAACACAUGAUACUGAAAAUGUUAAAACUAAACAAGGAUAUGAAUGCAUGACAAUUGUUGAUACUGACAGAAAAGUACAGGCAGAAGAAAGCGGUUACAAAGUUUACUUAAAUAAAUUGACUCCAGAAACUUGUUCUCCUAAAAAUCAUUUGUUAAUAGGUUGGCCAUGUAAAUUAAAUUAUCGAUUUUGUAAUUCACCAUUAACAUAGCUUGUGCAACAAAUAAAUAUAAUGACAUUCUACUUCUA